AUGUUCGAUUCUACAUCAGCAUUUUUUACAAAAGUUGUUAGUAAAAAGAAAAAAAAUGGCCUUAGUGGUGACCAGCCUCCAGCUGCAGGGAAAAAAGAAAAAUCUCAAGAAAAGAAAAGUGAUGAUGAGGUUGGUCAGGUUGUUUUGUCUUUGUUGUAAACAGACUAUUAUUCAAAUGCUUGCCAACUAUUAAUGUGGACCACAUUUAACCGUCUGCCAAUAUGAAAAACGUUAAAAAAAAUUUUUUAUGUUCAUUAUAGGUUGAAGAAAUAGUUGACCCAAAGGUUUUACGAAGUAGACAAUUAGCCAGUAAGUAGAAAGUUAAACAGUGAUAGUUAUUUAAUAGUUAUGUUAAUUAUUUUUCAAUUUUUUCUUUUAUUAUUAAGGUUAUUUUGGGCUAUACCAUUUUUACUUACAAGAAGACAUGGUAUCUUUUCAUGAUCACUCAUUUUAUAUUUUCUGAAUCAAUUUUUCCUACAUGAAAAUGCAAAUGCUUUUUAAUUAAAUUAAAAUUUAAAAAAACACCUUUUUUUUAAAGUUGCUUGUUCCUGAUUAAACAUUAUUUAAUUUGGUUUAGCUUGUGCAGUGUCUCAUACAUCUCUUCUGUUUUCAAAAUAGUUAGAGGAAAUGAAAUGGCACAAGUAGAUGAGUAUACAGCUGCUAUACAACUUUUUACAGAGGCAAUAAGUUUAGAUCCUACCGAUUUCAGGUUUGUCACUUUAUGAGGUCAACUUAAUUAUUGACCAUGCAAAACAAAAACUAAACACUUUUCAUAAUACUAACUAGACUUAAAAGCAAUCUCUUAACAUUUUACAAUAUGGAAAAGUCAUACUCAUUUUAGAUUAAUUAAAAUAUUUAUGCAUACACUUGUGCUUUUUGUAAAUAAAUUUAGUACAGAAAUUUUCAUUGACUUAAAUUUUAUUAACAUAGCUAUUUAACCCUAGUUGCAGUGAAAACAUUUUGAUAUUCAACUUUGGAUAUUAUGAUAUAAAUGUUACUCUCUCUCUCUAUAUAUAUAUAUAUAUAUAUAUAAAACUUAUAUUUCUAUCAUGAUUUAUUCAAUUUCAUUCAUUUUUAAUUUUAAAAAAGUAAAAUUCAACAAUUUUUUUCAACCCUAAUACUUUAUCUCUUUAACCCUUUUUUGUGUGCCUGCAAGUGGAGUUAUAUGACCUUAGUAAAGUAGACAAGUGGGUCCUACCUAAAGUAGUGUAGGCAGUAGUGGGUUAAAUAUAUGAAAGAAAAACAAAUUUUAACUAAUUAAAUUUAAUGAUAAUAUAUUAAAGUAAUACAAAUUAGAAUUGAAAAAAUUAUGUUUUUGUGCUAACACCCCUCCCUCCCAAGCCCCCCACCCCCCAUGGCAAUUCUGAUGCCUGAUUUAAAAAAAAAAAAAUUUAAUCACAAAACAGUAAAAUUUGUAAUAACAUUUUGUAUUUAAAAUAAUAAGAAAUAAAUGAAAUUACUCAGUCUCUAUGGUUGCGACUAAAUGUGCCACAUGGUGGUCCCAGCAGAUUUUUCUUGGCACAGCCUGACGCAUUGCUAUUUGAAAAUGGCAAUGAAAUAAUGUGUUCCCAAGACUUCCGGUGAUGUGUGAUUUCAGUAAAGUAAAUCAGAAGUUUUAUCUUGUUUCACUUUCAAACUUUCAAACUAUGUGUGAUUUAAACUGCCUCUUAUAUUUCGCACCUGUUGGAUACUUUUUUACAACUUUUCACAGCACUCCCAUGACCCCCUACAUUCCCUAAAAACUUGUCAGCUCUCUUAACUAACUGUGUAUUAGCCCCAUGGAUUGGCGGGUACCUGGGCAGUUAAAAAAAAUAUUUUGACAGCCCUAGUAAUAGUAAUAAUAAAUUGGUGGUACAUUGAUAUAGAAACAUGAAAGUGACCAUUAAAUUGUACAGUUAGUUAUUAUCUAAAAUUGCCAAGUGUGUAGCAUUGACUAAUUUUAUUGUAAUUGUACUACAUUAUGCUGUCCAGGUGAAACAAAUGCCUGACAAGAGUAUCACUAAGCUGCCAGAAGCUUUAAUCAAACACAGAACUAUUACGUUUUAUCGAUGCCAAAACUAUUAUUUCUGUUAUAUGUUAUACCUGUCAGUGAUAUCAGUUUGAUAUUAUUGAAGGGAAAAAAGAAUUAAAUCUGUUGCUCCAAUGUUUUGACUGAUGUGUAAUACAAUUUGUUUUUCAGAUUCUUUGGUAACCGCUCCUACUGUUAUGAUAGAAUAGAACAAUACGAUAAGUAAGUUGUUUUUCAAUGUCUUCUAAUCAAAUGGUUUCUGUUAGUGCAUUCAAUAAACAGUGCCAAUGAAACAAUCAAAGAGUCUUGACCGUUAAAUAAUUUUUAUAUCAUUCUAACUGUCACACGUUCCUGGAUCUGGCAAAAAAAACGGAACUGGGUCUGGGUGGUUAAAAAAAAAGUGUUUUUUUUCUCAUUUUUCUAUGUGUUCCAUCCUAUGGGCAUAAUUGAAAAGUGCAUGUUUUUGUCUUUUUACUGGUAAUGUACUUGCUGCAAAUUUUGUAUAAUUAUCAGAGACCUAAUUAUUGCAUUUUUAGUGUUGAAAUUACACAAAAGGCACACAUUUUACUUGAAUUUUUAGUUUUAAACAUAAUGUAUGGCUCUCAGAGAUUUAUUUUUCAAAAUAUGUGGUGUCCAUGGCUCUCUCUCAGACAAAAAGGUUCCCGACCCCUGUCUUAGGUUAUGACCAUGGUACUUUCUAUUUUCAAUUAAUAUUUUAUUUCAUUUGUUGACUGAUUGAUGAUACUGAGAAACCAGUUUGUGCAUUGCGUGUGUGUGUGUGGGGGGGGGGGGGGGGGCGAAUUUUUAAGUUCAGUCAUAGGAUUUAAUAAUAAUAAUGUAAUUUGGCGCUCAUUUAUUAAGUGAAGCACUUUGUCUUAACUGAAGGAAGGUUAGGAUGGUAUUGCCAUGAGGAUGAUAUAAAUAUUUAUUAAAAUAUUAUUCUUAUGUUGGUAUCAGAAAAAUAAAAACUGUUUUGUUUAUGGGUUAGGGCGGUAGAUCUUAGUUAAUUAUAACUAUUUGCUAAUUUCAUGAUGUUUUUUGUUUAUAUUUUGCUUAGAGCUCUCAGAGAUGCUGAAAAGGCAAUAAAAUUAGAUAAAGACUGGCCAAAAGGAUAUUUUAGAAAAGGACGUGCAUUAGCAGGUUUAAAAGUAAGUAAUUACACUUAUGAAUUUUAUCAAUGUUGACUGAUUGACUAUAAAAAAGUCAAAGUAAGUUAAAAUAAUUUUAAAAAAUAUCUAAACUAACAAACCUGAAUCAAGAAAUUAAAAAGAAUAACAUCUAUGCAAAUUAAUGUAUUUUUAAACUCACCUACUAUUUUUCAGAUGUUUGGUGAUGCAGAGAAGGCAUUUAUGCAAGUAUUAAAGCUAGAUAAAAAUUGUGAUGAUGCUGUAGCAGAACUUUUACGUGUGAGAACACAUCAACUAAUGGUAGGUAAAAAAUGUACAAACGUAAUGUGCAUUUUGGUAUCUAAAUUUUUGGGUGCGAUUUGGUUAGGAGUUUUAUUUUUUGCAUUACUCAAAAAUUAUUUUUUUAUUGAAAAAUAUCUAUGUAAAAAAAUUGCUGCACUAGUUACCUCAGUUAAUUAAGGUUCUCUUGGAAAUUGGUUCACAAAUCCAUAGAAAUUUAAUAUAACUAUGAAGUGAAUCAUUUGAUUUGAAAUAAUUGGGGUCGGGGGUGUUCCCCACAAAAGGCACAAAGUGAUGCCUAUAUUUUGCCAUUUGGUAGUAUGUUACUGAUUUUUGUAAUGGUUAAGAAAGUGUAACUGUUCUAGCCCCACCAGCUAGAAAGCCAGUGUCAUCUAAGCCAGUUUUCUCCAAAUUGUAGUCCGCCGACCAUGAAUAGUUAUGUCAAAUAAAAAGAAAAUAAAUCUGGCACUGGUCCAUAAAGCAGCUUUGAAAUGUGUCCACCAGUCCGCCCAACUUAAAAGUUUGGGAAACGCUGAUCUAAGCAACAUAACAGUCCCCUUUUCUGAUAUACAUCAUAUACAUCAGAUAGGCCUGCUCUUCUGGCAAUUGCAAUGGUAAUCCAUUUCCAGUUAUUUAAAAAUUUGACAAAGAGACGUUUGCUUUUAUUUAUAAAUAGGAAGUUAAAUUAAAACUCUCAUCUUACAUAUUAACUGCCGUUUACAGUAUGCAGAGAAGCGACUCAGCUAGUCAGUUGGGGUAAUGACAAGACAUCUUCUGGUCGUGAAUGUGGUGUGUACAUGCUCUCGUCCUCAAGUGAGGAUAGACUGUCUCAACUUUCCAACCAGCAUUUAGCAAAUGUUACAUUAAAUUUAGGGUGGCUAGACAAAUGAGGGGAAGUCUUUGGUUAACUAAAGGUCUUAAACCUAAACAAAAUGCAAUGUAAAAAGAAAAAAGAGGCAAAUAUCAAAAUCAAAUAUUUAGAACUGUAAUUGACAGAAAAAGCUCACAUGCUGAAAUCCUACAUUCUUCAGUCUUUAAUCUCCUAUCAUGGGCUUCCUUACUAACCUCUAAAGAAGACUUUCUUCAUGUCAGGAAGACAAAUCCUUUAGCAAAAUUAUAUUUGUAAGCUUCUUUGCACUGACUUGUAUUCUUUCAAAAUUUUCAGGAUAUGGGUUUUUCUAGGUCACAAUCAGAAGCAGCUAUAAAAAAACAUGGAUCUGUUCAAACUGCAUUAGAUUCACUUUUAGCUGGUGUUGGUGAGAUUUAUUUUCUAGGUAGUUUAAAUAAAGGGCCAAUACUUAAAUGAUAAUCGCAGUCAUAUUUUGGCAUCCUGUCUUUAUUAUUAUAAUGUAAGUGCAAAAUUAAAUAUAAAAUGCUUUCCACUUGUUUUCAUUUUUUUUACACUGGCCUUAUGUAAGUAUUUAAAGAUGGUCCACUCUAGAUAAUAAACCUUUUUUUCCUAUUGCCUAAUCAGAUAAUUUUAAGAUAAUUUUUGAUUAUUUGAAAUUUUAACAUUGACAGGGGAUAACACUCUAAAUGAUCUCUAUAUAUCUGAUGAUGAAGAUGAAGGAUUCAAUGUACAUCGGCCUGCACCUAUUCCCCCUCCUACAUCAAAUCCAUCUGAUGUGAAAAUGGAGUAAGGCUUAAAUAAUUUUAUAGAGCUUUAAGUGAUUUAAAUGUAAAAUUCAUGAGCUUGGUGGAUCUGAUGAUUGAGUAAGGUUAUCUUUGUAACAAAAAUGUGUUUAUCCUCUGACGUGCCUUACAUGCAAUUACCUCUUGACAUUAUACUGGAUUUUUUUCUCAGUCUUUCAUUCAUGGCCCAUUUAUAAAAAAAAGAUUAUUUAAUUCUUCGCAGUCCAACAAACCCUGAAGGUUUAACCGCAUUAUGGGUGGGAAAUGUUUUACCAUCUGUUACAGAGAAAAGGCUGAAUCAAUUAUUUUCCAAGUAGGUAAAAAAUAAGGCAUAUCUAAAAAAUUUUUCUAUAAUAUAUUGUUACACUGUUUGAACAUGCCAAUAGCACAAAGUUUUAAAUUAUUUAGCAUAAUUUCAAGAAGAAAAAAAACAUUUCCAUCCAGCCAUAUAAACUUAACAUUCAAUUUAUCUAUCUUAUUAUCAACAGUAUAAGUGAAUGAAUUAUUCUUCAAUAUUGAUAAAUCUGCAUUUAAAAGAAUCCCAUUGAAUUGUAUCCACUCUUUUAUUUUUAAAAAAAUACCUCCCCAGAUUUGGACAAGUUACAAGUGUUAGACCCUUACCUGAAAAAUAUUGUGCUUUUAUUAACUUUAAGACAAAAGAAGCUGCAGGGAGAGCAAUGCAUCAACUACAGGUUGGAUUAUUUUUUUUUUAAUUGAAAAAAUAUAUAUCGAUUUAUUUUUAAAGUAAAAUCUUCAAAUUGACGUUUCAAGUCAUUCUAUUUUCAAAGUCUCAGAAUGGAAAGAUGACAACUUACAAUUUUUUAUAUGUCCCCUAUAUGCACAUGAAAAUUAUUUUGUGUUCUGAAAAACUGUAAAUUUAAAAAAAGCUUAUGAAUAUUUUGCAAGGAUAAAUCAUAUUAAAUGUAUUCAAAGGUUUCCUUGGUUUACACGUUUAAAAAAUUGUAUUAUUAUUUUUUGUGUGUAUAUUUAUUUAUAAAAGUCCUGAUUUAUUUAUUCUUGAAAUUAUUUUUUGCGCCUCUGUUCUUUGGGUUUGUUGACUCUUGCAAAUUGAGUUUUAAAAUAAGAUGUUAUGUAUUUUAUUUUCAUUGCAGGGAACAGAGGUUGAUGGCCAAAAAUUGCUUAUAAAAUUUCCCGAUAAUCCAUUGACAAACAGUACCGGCAACUUGACUAUACGAAAAAAUAUUACCAAUGGGGCUACAAAACAAGGGUAGGUUAAAUAAUUUUUUCUCUAGAAAGAACAAGUAAAUGUAACAUUUUGAUGUCUUUAUAAAUACCAUAAAUUAACUGGUUAUUUUGUAUUGAAGUUGUAAAACAUUGUACUAAUUGUUCUGCAAGGACAUAUUUAAAUUUUCAGUCAGUUAUUAGACUUUUAUCUGUUUAAAAACUUAUUGUAAAGACAUACAAUUCAAUUCUUAUUGUUAUAUAACACCUUCCUACAUGUUAUAAAAUACUAAUAAUCACCAAGACUGAAAAAAUCUGUAUUGAACAUGUUUUUUUAAAACUAUGACUGACUUUUGCUUGUGAACUGAUCUUUUUUUUUGUUUUUUUUUUUUGUUUCGUUGAUAUGACCAUGUUGAAUGCUCCAAAUUGGGAUUGAUCAGAUUUUAAGUUUAACUUUGAUUUCUUGUGUUUAAAAAAGCUCUACGUAUCUUGUAUUUAAAAAAGCUCUACAUAUGGAGGGAAAUAAUUAGAAAUUCGGAUACAAAUAGAUGAGAUAAUGGAGCAGAAGGAAUCGGAUCUAUUUCUGGCAUCCUAACAUAAUGCUACUCUAAUGUGUUAAUCUGCAUGAAAUAAUACCACCUGAAAAAUGCUAAAUGGAAAGUAUUUAAUUUGAAACAAAUGUGGAUUUAUAGAAUAAAGCUUGGUCUAUUCAUUGAGCAGCUUUUGGGAAAGCGACUUGGCACUUUUUUCCUGUUUGUUCAAUUUACCCUGUAAUUUUAUUCAUUAUAAUUUUUUUUUUUUUUAAAUUGCAUGCCUACCUAGUCUCUUCAUAACUGUUCAAUUCUUUAUCUUCAAUCCUUUGACAAAGAAUCAUAUAGAUAUUUUUUAAAAUAUUAAAAUAUUUUUUAAUUAAUUAUUGUGAGAACUUAAAUAUUUUUUUUUCUUGUUCAUUAUCUAUCAAAGGCGCACCCACAGGAAAAUGGUUUCCUAGUGACCGCACAGUAACUGGCGGUCAGGUAAAAUAUUUUUCUUAACAUCUCCUCGGUGUUGUCUUUGAUUAUUGUGUUCAUCAUGAACAGGCACAUUGAAAAAGCUUAAGUGGUGUUGGGAGGGGGGGAUGUAACGGUACCAAAUUAUCAUUACAGUUUUUUUUUUUGUUAAUAGCCAUUCCUUAUAGACAUUGUUUGAAAAGAUUAAAAAAAAUUUUAAAUGAAGUAUUCCUUACCUUCGUUAAAAUUCUAAACCCUAUAACAGCUUAUGCUAAGUACUUAUUAACAGAGGAGGUGAGAGCAAAGAUACUAAGUGCCUGCUUUUUUUUUUUGUAAGCUAUCAUUUUAUCUGGUGGAAGUUCUAGAUGAUCAAAGAAAGUACUGGGAUAGAAUUAAACUUUGCUGAAUAUUGAUAAAUGUAAAUAUAAAUCUAUUGGAAUGUAAAAUUACUUUCUUAAAUUAAUUAAAGAAAACUUCCCCCGAAAUAUUAGAAAGUUAAGUAUGAUAUUCUUUGUAAUAAAUGCUCUGCAAUGUUAUCUUUUUUUUGAUUUGGAGGAUUACUAUCAAUAGUUUUCACCAUUGCUAAAAAAAAUCCAUUUUACAAUUGCUCUUCUUUUAUACUUUUAUAAUACAAGUAUUAUCUCUAAUCAAAUGUGUGUAAUAACUGAGAUGGUUUGUUCAUAGAUUUGUUGUUUCUAACAACGCUCAUGUUUGUUUCCUAAGUUAGUAAGGUAUAUUUCAAUAUUUUUGUGGUAGACUUUUGUUGCUCUCCUCUGUUUAUCAUGUGCUAUUUAGGGCAUGAUUUUAUCUUAAUGAUAUGCUCAUUAACAUUUAGUGCUAAAAAUAGACUAAAGUUAAUUGCGCAAAAUUUCUUUGGGUUCACUAUUUUUGUUCAAGUGAAAUAAAAUUUUGACAUUCAGAAUUAUGUAAGUAAACAAGUCAUUUUAAAUUAAAGGUCAUACAAAGAAUUUGUUUUAAAAAGAUGUGUUUUGUUUUUUCAAUCUAUUAACUCUUACGUAAUUUAGGUGAUGCCAUCUAGCUUUUUUUGUGUGCAUAUUUCUUUUUUUCUACUCAAAUAAAGCAUUUAAGCAGGGCUGUAUAUAUCCUUUAAGUAAUGGACCCUUAAAAACAUCUUAGAAAAUUGUAAAACUAUUGCAAUGUUUUGGACUCCUAAACCUUGAGGAUAGGCCAACAAAGUUUAAGAAAAAUUAAAUUAAGUAAUUUAAGUGUAAUUAAGUAGAAGAGUUAUAUUUUAUGAAUGACAGACUCUAUAGUAUUAACAUACAUCCUAAAAUAUUUGAUAAACUUAUUUAGUAUGCAAUAAAUAAACUGCAAAUUCACAUCCCAAAGUUAUGGCAAGUUUCUCAACCAAUGGUUAAUUUUCUCGAUUUCAAAAGGUAAAAAUUAUGAGAAACUUCACACAAUGAGGGAUUUCUGGAACUUUUUGCUGGUAAAUUCACUAAUUAUUUCACAACUUAGAAAUAGGGUAAAGAAAUUUGUUAGAAAAAAGUACAAUAGACACAUACAUUUUAUUUACAAAGCCUUAUAAUUGUUAUUUAUUUUCUUUUUAAUUGUUCUAAUUCUUACUUAGAUUCUGUUUUCUCUCCCCCCACCAAAAAACCUCCAACUUUCUAAAAAUUGUUGUGUAAGCACCUUAUUUUUUGGAAUGGCUGAUAUUGAUCAUAAUAAAAAAAUUAUUUAAUAAAUCAAAUAUUAGAAAGAAUUUUAACCACUCAAAAAUAGCCUAAUAAUUGUCUAAAUUUUGGAACCUAUUGUGCGGGACCUGUUUUUUGAUAGGUUGGCUUGGCGAACAUGAUAUCAUAUAUAUAUUUAUCUAUGGAUCUAUGGAAAAUGGACUUUCAGUGAGAAAAACACUUAGGCUCCAAAGUAUCUAAAUGCAGCCCUGUUUAGAAGGCUAAGGUUUCAGACUUUUCAUUGCAUAUACAAGUGAUACAACAAAUUAUAGCAUUUUCAUUCUAUUUUUUAGAUUUCAAACCAUGAUGCAGUGUACUGACUUAAAAAUAAGUUAGCUCUUUAAAAUAAGUAGUAAAUAAACAGUAUUUCAAUAUUAUUUUUGAACCAAAAUUUGUGUGUGUAAUACAUUUCAUGCUGCCAGAUUAUUUCAUUAAUUAAUCUUAAACUAGAGCUUGAUUUUUAUUUAAAAUUCUUAAUUUUAUUAAUUACAUUUAUAUACUUUAGCCAACCAAAAUGAUUAAGUCUUGAGAAAUAGAUGAAAUUUGGCAUAACUCAUUCUCUGUCAGUUUCAAUUAAAAAUAAUAAAUGUUCUACCUACCAGAUACUUACUUUUAUUCUAAAACUAUUUAGAUUUUUAACUCUCUGAGUAUAACUUAAUGGGAGUAAGAAGAGUUUUCUUUUUAGAAAAGAACACACAGAAAAUAUUAUCUUCUAGGAAACAUUCCUAAAAUUGUGUUAAAUUUGAAUACAAUAAAUAGAAUAUACAUAUUUAUAAAAUAAUUUUAAAUUAAAAAAAAUAUGUUUGCUAAACAUUUUCAGAUAAGAAUUUUAACUUCAAUUUCUUCUAAAUAUGCUCAAUUAUUCAAAAUAAAUUUUAUGGAUUCAGCAAUAACAUAUUUGUAUUCAUAUUUGUCUUUAAGUUAAUUGAAAUAAUCAAGUUGUUAAUUGUAAAUGCCCAAGUCAAUAAUAUACAUUUCAAAUAUUUGAAUCACUUCUAGGUACUUCUUUUUAAAAGAGAAAUUAUGCAACAAAUUAAGAAAGUCAAUGAUGGUUAAAAUAAUAUUAAAUAAAAUAACGGAGUCUGAAAUAGAUCUUCUUAUUUUCAUUAGUUUCAUAUGAAAGGAACUUUAUUUAAAUAAUGAAUAGGUUGAAUCUGUUGUUUUGUUUUUAAGCUUGAGUAUUGACAUUAAAUUGGAGUAAAGCACUCAAGUGACCAUUGAACUGUGAAUUUAUCCAAAAUAUUUUAGGUUAAUCCACGAUUUGAAACUUAAACUUUUGCCAGCAAAGUUAUCCUAAAAAUAUAUUUUGUUUCUAUCUUCAAACAGAGUACGAAACACCCCUAAGCAAAGUGGCCCUGUUAAUGGUGAUGAGUGUUACUUUUGGAGAACUACUGGAUGCACAUUUGGAAGUGAUUGUAAAUGGCAACAUAAUCCAAAAAGUAAAGGGAUUGACAGAAAACCCUGGCAAAAAUAGUCCUAAAUGCAAUUUAAAAAAAAUUUAAUUUGUGUUAAAAAAAAUAUAAUUUUCUGUGACAGAAUUUUAUUAAAAAUAAUUAAACUUUACAAAAGUUAUGGUGUAUAAGAGCUACGGAGAAAUUGUAUUAAAAUUAAAGAUCAUAGUAUUUUUCAACUUUUAGGUAGUAUUUUUAAUCUAUUUAAUUACAAAACAUGCACUUUAAUCUAUGGACAUUGAUAAUUGUUUAUAACUUUAAAAAAAAUAAAAUAACAUUUUGCUAGUUAUUUAAAUGAAAAAAUGCUUUUAUCAAUAACAUAAUUUUGAUUUGUUAAUUAUUUUUUUCUGCAUUUAUAUUUGUUGGAUUUGUUUUAAAGAUUAUAUUUCAGUAUACGCUUUACAGAAGGCAAUAGUUUUCAUAUGUCCAUCAUAUAAGAAAAAUUCUAUUGAUUUUCAAAGAAAUUUACUAUCGCAUUUCACUGCCUUUUUCGAACUGUCUGGACAGUUUAUAGUUAAUUUACAUGAAAUUGUAAAUAAUUAUCUUAUAAGGAAACAAGGGAGCAAAUUAUUUUUCCCUCUCCUAAUUCAAAUAGAAGUACAUGCACUUAAUUAGAUAAACAUGAGUUUCUUAAAUUUGCCACUCAUCACAUUUACCAGUUUCGAUACUUGUCUUGGCACUGUCCAGUCUGACUCUUUUUAUUAAUCCUUUGUUUUAGUCAAACUGUUCAAAGAAAAAUAAAAUUAGGUCUUGUAGUUAUUUUAUGAAAUUACUUUAUGAAAUUAAACUUAAUGUCAAAACAAAACUGCAAGUAAGACUUCACUUUUAAGAUUUUAUCAUAUCCUAGCUCAAUCACAAAUUAUCCAUUCACUCAAAAAAAAAUUAUAUUAAUAAUUAAAAGUUUAGUGUUUCUGAUUUUAUAAGUUUUUUUUUCCAGUGUCACUGUGAUUAUUAAAUAUAAUUGCUGCAGAAAUUGAACAAUUCUCACAAGUAGAUCUAAAUAGUGCACAAAAACAAAAAAAAUAGCUCAGAGGCUAUAAAUAAUUACUGUAAAGACUAAUUUUGUUUGCAAGCCACGUGAAAUUGUAUUUGAAUUUCUCAAUACAUUUAGUCAAUUAGCACUAAACUAGUUGUUCAUUGAGGUUGAAUAUUGUUAAUCCAGCGAGGGCAAAGUGGAGAUAUAUUUUGUCAGGUGAAAAAUAAACUCGUAAACAGGUUUUUGCUUCCCUUUAAGUUUUGCUGUCCUUAUAUAUAUAUAUCACUUGGAGUGAAACUUUUUAUUGCCAUCUUUAUUUCAUUGGAUUCCAUUUUAGAAUUUGGUAAUCUUCCUGAUAGACUGUAACUCCUAUUUUUAUAGAGUGCAGUUACUGCUGUUAUAUAUCUACUUGAUCUUGGUGUAGGAAACUUCUUCCAUAAAACUUCUUUAUAUUUGGUAGUUAACUUAUCUAUCGUGAAUGCUGAAAUCUUGCAAAAGGAUACAUACAAUAAUUAAUUUCAUCUGGUGCUGGUAAUAUUUUAACAAAUGAGUAUAACAUAAAGUUAUACAGGAUAAGAAGAUAUUUUGUUCAACUUAAUUUUUGUUCAAAUUCGUAAAUAAAUGUAGAAAUGUUUUUUUUAAUAUAAUUAAAUUAUUGUUUGUUUUCUUUCCAAAGAUGAAGCUUGUAAUUUUUAUUCUGUUAAAGAAAAUAAGACACAACUAGAAUGCUAGAAUGUUAUGUAUUAAAGAGAAUGAGAGAAAAAUCCAGUCAUUUAGAGCCCCAAAUGAAUUUUCCAAAUAAAAUAAUGGGAUUGUGCAUUACUAAAAUUAAUUUUGCUAAGGAAGAGAUCCAUUUUAAGAACUUGUAGAGGAUCAUUUUUACUCUCUGUGCAUUCCAAAUUAAGAGGGUUUAACCCAGAUAUACAUUUAAUCUAGGCGAUAGUAGGGCACUCUUCAUUUCUGUGAAUGUGUAAAAGCAAAAGCCACAAAAAGUAAUGCUGUCUUGUAUUAGACCUCACAUCAUUUAUGUUCAAAGUGCCUUGCUUGUGGUUUGGACUCCUGCCUGUUUUUUUUUUUAAAAAUGCAUUGUUUUGUCAUCCCCAUUUUCCAAAUCACAACGAAGGGGAACACGUUGACCUUUCUUUGUAUUUGUUUGAAAAGUAUAGAUAGAAAAUAAAAUAUAACUGCUGGAUAAUUUUUACUGCAAUGGAAUAUAAUGAAACAUUUCUGUUCUUCUUGUGAGAAAAAUGAAUGUAAACUUUCAAGCACAAGUCCAGAAACAAGUGGAACAGACUAAUUAUUUGUGAUGCAAUAACACUUCCUAUCACAUUGACCAAACUAAUAGACUUCUUAUGGAAUCACCAUUGACUUAGAAAUCGGAUUUAAUUCACAUUUAUCUCAUGACAUUAAAAGAUAAUUUUUGCAUUAUUUGGUUAGAUAAAUAUUAAGAUAAUAAACAAUGUUAUAUUAAAGGAGUUUACUUAUAUUACAAUCUUUACAUAUUGCAUCAUUUUGAACAGUCUAGUCAUGCCUACCAAAUACAGUUGUCAUAAACCUAUAUAAAUUAUGGGUGUUUAUUCAAUUUGGCUGUAAGUCAGUGGUUUUUUAAUGUUAAUCUAUUUUGCAAGAAAUUUAAAAAGUUACUUUUUAAAGCUCUUUCUUAACAGAUUUCUUUCUAUUAAUUUACAGCACUCUAACUAAAUAUAUCCAUAUCGGGAAAUUUGUAAGAAAGACAUUUUCUUCUAAGGAAAAUUGUUAGCAGAAAGUUUGCACAAACAGAAUUUUGUUUGGAUAGAAAUUUGUUUAAACUGAAGUUUGGGAAGUUUAUUUGAAAUGAAAUUUGUAAAUUAUUUAGUUUAAAAAAAAAAAUGUUUUUAAGAAAAGAGAUAACUUUUUAAAAAUUUAUAUCCCCCUCCCCCUUCAUGAUUUCAAUUCAAAAAAAUUUCUGUCAAACAAUUGUCCUUAGGAAAAAUGUAUUUUAUAAAAAUUUCGGGUAAUCAAUUAUAAUCUAUCUUUGACUUAAGAGAAGCUUAACUUUGCUGGAAAAAAAGGUUUUGAAAUAUACUGCUUUUUCUUUUGGUUGUAUGCUUCUUUAGUAGUCUUCCACUAUCUUUAUUCUACCGAUACAAUAAUGAUCUGCACAUGGAAUCUCUUUUGAAUUUUAAUUACAAGGAGUACAGUUAUAAUAAUUAUGUUUUUGUUUUGUAAACAUGACAGACUUGUGGAUGUGUGUCCCAUAUUGGCAGGAUCAUUUCCAAAAUUUGAAAAUAAAUCAAGUAUUUUUUUUGCUCCAAGGUAGUUGUCACAAUAUUAUUUGGUUUAAAAUAAAUGUUAACCCAACAGAUUGCAAUUAACUCUGUAUUUUAAAAGCCUUAAUUACAGAACCAUUUAGAUACAUUUGAAUAUUCGCUUUUUAACUUUUUAUAUUUAAAGAAUUCCCUCAUAUACAUAUUCAAUUAUAUAUAUAUAUAAAAAAAAAAAAAAGAACAACUACUUAUUGUAUUGAUGCCAAAUGUUGCGAAAAAGGAGGCAUGGCUCAAUCCAAAAUAUUUGUUAAAAAUAUAUCAUGUGGUUGUUUGCCAUAGGAAAAUCACAUGACUUGCAUCAACUGUAUAUAAAAAUGAGAAUUGGAAUUUACAGCCCAUAACUAUUAAAAUGUAAAUAUGUUGUUUUCUUUAAAAAAUAAAUCAAUAUGUGUAAACCUACUAUGAGUUUGAAAAGCUAUUCAGAUAAAUAUUUUUGUUUGUUUUACAAAUGAACUCUUAAGAGCAUAAAAAUUAUAUUAAAUUUCUUUGUUUUAUUUAAAAUGAAUUGAUCAUGUCAUACUAGCUGUGUUUAAAUUUCACAGAUGAUGCAAAGGGAAAGAAUGCUAAAAUAAUAAAACAGGAAACCUGCAAUAAGAUUUACCAUGUCUGGCUAUGAUGUGCUGGCUAUGUUGUGAGAAUGUAAAUAUCUGUUGUUUUUUAAAUUUGAAAUCAUUGAUAGGCUGUUUACAACACUGAGGCAAGGACCCUUAUUUGCAACAUUUUUGUCUUAAGAAUAUUUGGUCUUUGUUUAGUAUAUACAUCUAAAUAUUUUAUUUUGCAUGAUUCUGUUUGUAAUGGUGUGUUAAAUGUGUAGCUAACAAUUUUAUUUAGCAUAAAUACUGCUGGAUCUACUUUAUUCACUUUUGAGGGUUAUAGAAUCCUCUUAGUUUGUUUGUUUUUCAUUUUUGAAGUAAAAAUAAGAUGUGCAAAUGUUACUUUAUAAAAUGAAAACAAUGGUAGUUAUAUAUGUUUUGAAUUUAUUAGAGGAGACAAGUUUCAAAUAUAGAAAAGUAACAAACAGUGAAAGUAUGGGGAACAAAUUUCAGUCUAUAUUAUUCUCAUCAAUGUUAGCUUUGGCUUUUUACCCCCUUUAAUUUUUCUUGUACUAUAAAAUUCUCGAUGACAAUACAAAUGUUUCAACAUCAAAAGAGUUACUCAUUUUUAUAUUACAGUUUCUCCACAGCAGUUGCAUCUGUACCAAUAGCAAUUUUAUACAAGUCAAAUUAAGAAA